ACCCUGAGACCUGACUUCAUUUUUGUCAGAUUCUCCAACAAUUCUGGAAUACAAGUCAUAUUCUGCAUAGGAUUCUUCACUAUGUAUAGCCUCACUCUUUUGGGAAAUGGCAUCAUCAUCCUCCUGACUUUGGUUGAUACAGCCCUUCAUACUCCCAUGUAUUUUUUCCUAAAGAACCUGUCCUUUCUCGAGAUUUGCUACACUACAGUAACCCUCCCCAAAAUGCUGGUCAAUUUUGUGUCUGAAGUCAAGAGCAUCUCCUUUGCUGGCUGUGCUGCCCAGAUGUAUUUUCUUCUUUCCCUUGGAACGGUGGAGUGCUAUCUGCUGGCUGUCAUGGCGUACGACCGCUACAGGGCGAUCUGUUGCCCAUUGCAUUAUCCAAUCCUCAUGAACCAAAAAACUUGUGUUCAGAUGGCAGUGGCAUCUUGGCUCUGUGGAAUCUUGAUGCCCCUUGGCAAUGUGGUCUGGAUCUUCACCUUGCCCUACUGUGGCCCAAACAAAAUUAAUCACUUCUUCUGUGAUGUGCCACCGGUGCUGAAGUUGGCUUGCACUGACACCACAAAGAAUGAGAUGUCAGUCCUUGCUUUAAGCGUUCUCAUCACAUUGUCCCCCUUUCUAUUGGUGUUGGUGUCCUACGUCCGUAUCCUCUUUGCUGUACUUAAAAUACCAUCGGCAGAAGGUCGACGCAAAGCCUUCUCCACUUGCUCAUCCCACCUCAUCGUGGUCACCUUGUUCUAUGGCUCUGCCAGUGCCAUGUACCUGCGUCCAAAAUCCAGCCACACUGAGAAUAUAGACCGGCUGGUUGCUCUCUUUUAUUCUAUCAUUACCCCCAUGUUGAAUCCCAUGAUUUAUAGCCUGAGGAACAAAGAAGUAAAAGAUGCUCUGAGGAGGCUGAAGGGGAAGAAAAGAUUCCUAUGUGAACUAGGCAAAUACAUUUGUGAUAGAAGAGAUUUUUAA